UUUAAUAUCACAGUGGUGCUGGGGCUGGGGGCCAAUUCUGCACUGGACACCUGCUCCAGUCCCCAGAUGGGACAGGGGACUAGGACGACCUGCUUGGCACAGAGGAGGCAGAGCCACCCACAGCUCCCCUCGCCCUCAGGCUACCAUGGAACAGUGUAGCACCGAGAGCAGCACUGCGGGCACACAGCCCCCCAGCCAGGGACAGCGCUGGAGCAGGGCACACCCCAGCAGUCCCCGGGCCCAGAAGGCUGGGAACAAGGGACAUCCCAGGGCUGUGCAGGGCACCCGGGGCGCUGGUGCAAAGCCUGGCAUGUCAGACAAUGCCACGUCAGGGGCCCCAGGCUCAGCCAGGCAGAGGCAGGCAGGGCAGCGCCCUCUCCCUCGCUCUGCCCCACCCCGUGCUGGGGACACGGGGCCAGCGAGGUCAGACAGGGCUGUGCUCACACGGCUGGCAUCAGCCACCACCUCGGGCCACCAGGAUGGCCACCAGCGCUGGCUUCACCUUGAGCUGCUCAAGAAGGCCAAGCUGCAUGUGGAGACAGCCAUUAAGGAGAAGAAGAUCUUUAUGGUGCAGGGCCCCUACCCCAUCAUCCGCAGGCUGCUGCGGGCCCGUGGCUGGGUGGAGAGGAAGCCCCCCAGUGUGGGCAGACAGCUGGAGCAGCAUUGUGGCGACCAACAGAAACAGCAGCUGGAGACAGAGGCAAGGGAUGAUGGUGAUGAGCAGAGGCAGGCAGUGCUGAACCCACGUGGUGGGGCACAGCCUGUCCUGGAGAUCACAGAGCCACUGCACUCCCCAUGGCCACCCACUGAGGAGGAGGAGGAGAAAGAGGAGGAAGAGCAGUGCGAUGAAGACCACAAUGGCAUCCAUGACCUCAUGUCCUACCUGGUGCGGGACCGAGUGCCAAACUUCAUCUGGGCCAGCUACCUCAGCGCUGUUGACCCUCAGCUGCUGGACCAGGACCAGGUGGUGAACCACUAUGCCCGAGUGGGUGCCUUCACCACCAAGGAGGGGCUAUGCCUCAGUCUGCAAAACCUGCCCUGGAUUGAGCAAGCAGACCCCAACACCUUUUUCCCACGGUGCUAUCGGCUGGGGACCAUGGACGAGCGGGAAGCUUUCAUCGAUGAUUUCCGCCUGACAGCAGCUCGCAGUCUGCUCAAACUGGCCCUGGAAGAGGUUGGGGACAGGCUGAUGAGGACUGAGGAGCCCCCAGGCUCUGACAACGGGCCAGCAGGGUCAGGAUCUCCCCUGUACCCCCAGCUGGUGGAGGAGGCCCUGGAGGUCUGUGAGCAGCACCUGGGCGUUCUGAGGCACCAGGACAUUGACAGGGGCACCCCGUUCCCCUGCAGGACAUGCAUUGACUGGAACCGCUUCCUCCAGGAUUACUACUGCGUGGCACAUGAGGGAGCCGGGCUGGUGCUGAGUGGGGCACAGAGGGAGCGGUGCCAGGACCUGCUGCGGCGUUUGGCAGAGCAGCUGCCACAGUUCAGCAUGGAGGGCAAGCUCAAUGUCUGGAUCCUCAAGCCUGGUGCCGACUCGCAAGGCAGGGGCAUCGUCUGUGCGACACGGUUGGAGGAGGUGCUGCGGCUGGCGCGGGGCUGCACAGCACCCUCGGUGCGGGAGGGCAAGUGGGUGGUGCAGAAGUACCUGGAGCGGCUGCUGACUAUCUUUGGCACCAAAUUCGACAUCCGGCAGUGGUUUGUGGUGACUGACUGGAAGCCGCUGACCGUCUGGUUCUACGGAGACUGCUACCUGCGCUUCUGCUCCCGGCCCUUCUCCCUGCACUGCCUGGAGCGUGCCAGGCACCUCUGCAACGUCUCCGUCCAGAAGUGGUACAAGACGUCACCAGACCAGGACCCCCGCGUGCCCCACGACAGGGUCUGGUCCAGCAGGCAGUUCCAGGCAUACCUGGCAUGGCUGGGGCAAGCGGAUGCUUGGCAUCAGGUGAUAGUGCCUGGCAUGAAGGCGGCAAUACUUAACGCCCUGCGUAGCGCCCAGGACCAGGUGGGCUUCCGCAAGAGCAGCUUUGAGCUCUAUGGGGCCGACUUUCUCGUUGGGGAGGACUGCCAGCCCUGGCUGCUGGAGAUCAACUCCUGCCCCACCAUGAGCCCCUCCUCGGCUGUGACCCGACGGCUCUGUGCCAACGUCCAGCGGGACACGCUGCGCCUCGUGCUCGACCGCAAGGACAACCCCACCUGCUCCAUUGGAGCCUUUGAGCUCAUCUACAAGGAGGUAGGCUGGGGAGCUGGGGGGCAGGCACACCCUGGGCACUCCAAGUCCCCACUCCCUGCUGUCUCCCCACAGGUGGCUAUGCCCAGGCCUCUGUCUGGGCGUGUGAAGCUGAUAGUCAAAGGCUGUUCCCUGAAGAAGUGCUGGCCAGCACAGCAUCGAGCUCAGGUCAAGUCCCCCACCACUGUGCCCAGUGCCACACAGUACCCAAGGGCCAGAGACACCAGGGUGCCCCAGCGAGCACAGCAUCGCCCCCUCAUCACUGUGCCCAGUGCCCCCAAGCUCCCCGUGUCCCCAAGGGCCAGAGACACUGGGGUGCCCCAGCGAGCACAGCAUCACCCCCUCACCACUCUGCCCAGUGCCCCCAAGCUCCCCAUGUCCCCAAGGGCCAGAGACACCGGGAUGCCCCAGCGAGCACAGCAUCGCCCCUCACCACUGUGCCCAGUGCCCCCAAGCUCCCCAUGUCCCCAAGGGCCAGAGACACCGGGAUGCCCCAGCGAGCACAGCAUCGCCCCCUCACCACUGUGCCCAGUGCCCCCAAGCUCUCUGUGUCCCCAGGGGCCAGAGACACUCAUGUACCCAAGCGAGCACAGCAUCAAUCUCCCAUCGCUGUGUCCAGUGCCCCCAAGCUUCCUGUGUCCCCAGGGGCCAGAGACACUCAUGUACCCAAGCGAGCACAGCAUCAAUCCCCCACCACUAUGCCCAGUGCCCCCAAGCUUCCUGUGUCCCCAAGGGCCAGAAACACACGGACACCACAGCGAGCACAGCAUCAACCCUCCACCACUGUGCUCAGUGUCCCCAGGCUCCCCAUGUCCCCAGGGGCCAGAGACACCCAGGUCCCCAAGCCCAGAGCAGCAACAGGGAAGCAGCCUCCUCUGCGGCAAUGGAGCCACUCCAGCUCUGGCCUCUCAGCAUCGCCACAGCCCCGGAGCCGCUCUGCUGGGAGCCAGGGGCUGCCACGGCUCCGUCACCCACACAGGCAGCCCCAGGCCACUCAGCCCCUGAUCAGGGUCUGUCCCCUGGAUAGAGUGCCUGUGCCACUGCCCUGGGGAGCACCCAGCAACCCCUGGCUAGCCAUGGGCUGUGUCCCCUCCUUCCCUCCUGCCAGGCCACCGCGCCUACAUCUGCCUGCAAAGAUCAUUG